UGCUCGUUAACGUUUAUUGCAGCUGCUGACUGGGCAUUUUAGAGAUACAUACUAAGUCCAAGUAUUGUACAACUUUUUAAAAUUAUUCUUGUUUGGGGGUGGUUAUUCUGUGUAGUAGGAAAUGCAGUCUGUGCAAUUGGCUGCCUGUGUUUUCUUCCUGGAUGUUAGGUUUCAUUUUAGUAAAAGUGAAACUUAAAACUACACGUUGUUGUGAGGGAGAAAUAUACGUUUCUCAAUGCGCAAGCAACCUGCACGCAUCACCAAAGGGGCCUGAGAUAACAAUGGACAAAAGACAUUUGUUAAGUGAUCAAGAUGAUGGUCCUCAAUUUCCUGGUCCUGGAAAUCCAGGUGUGCUUGCACCUGACCUGCCUCAGGGUGCAGGAGCAUCAGCGCCCCCUGGUGAGGUGAUGGACAAUGUACCUGGAUAUGAAGGAACAGGCUCUGGAGAAGGAAAAUGCAUUCCUCCUCCAAACCCUGGUUUGUCCAGCCCAGGAAGAGUGCCUUCACUUCCUGAGAGACAAUGGGAGAUUCCUUCUAUCAGUGAAGACUUUGCUAAAGAUGCCUUCAUCGAGUAUGCUUCCAGUAAGUGCUGUUACAGCUCUCGUCCUGCCAAAGAGUUGGUGUUUACAGACCUUCAGGCACACGAUACAUACAGGUAUCGCCUGGAGACCUUCGUUGAGUCCAGAACAACAGAGUGGGCCAGUGUGCCUUAUACAGGUCAGGUGGUGGACUCAUAUGGAUCAUGUGUCCCUGCCCCAUGGGACAUUGCUGUUCAGGUCCCGGCUAUGUUUCAGAAUGGAAAACGCACCAUCCAAGUUCCUCACACCUCCUCUGUCAAGGGAUGUCACAACUGUUUGGCGUUGGGUAAAUCUGCUUGCCAGAAAUGUAUAGCAAGUGGAUGGAUGCAGUGCUGGGUGUGUAAUGGCUCUGGCAGUCGCAUGUCCAAUAACAGAUGCUCCCACUGCAAUGGCGUGGGACGUGUCAGAUGUACAGAAUGUUCAGGAAGAGGUUCAAAAACAUGUCAUACCUGCACAGGAAAAGGACAGCUUCUGUUCUUCAUUAAUCUCAUUGUGGAGUGGAAGAACCACAUCUUCGAAUUUGUACCAGACAAACGGUCUGGAUUCCCUGUUGAUCAGAUCAGCAAGGUGACUGGGGAGCUGCUUUUUACUGACACACAGUAUCUGGUGUAUCCUGUUGUUAGUUUCCCUGACAACGCCAUUAACCAAGCCUCUCAGAGGGCAGUGAGAGAACACCAAGCACAGUUUGUUACAACGUCCCGAAUUCUCCAGCAGAGGCAAAGCAUUGAACUGAUUCCUGUCACACGUGUCCACUACACCUGGAAAGAGAAGACCUACAUCUACUUUGUCUAUGGAGCGGAGCAUAAAGUCUACACAGAUGACUACCCUGCAAAGUGUUGCUGUUGCACAAUAAUAUAGUUAUGUUAUUGUACACUUUUCAUAGGUCAGAUGCAUUGGAGAUACAUUAUGCCAUCAAUAUAUGUUGACAGAAAUGAGCAGAAACAAAUCUGUAUACGCUUCUUUUUAUAGCAUAACUUGAUCACUGUACUAUCAAAGCUGCAUGGUCACACAUUCCAGUUCAACUGUACACUAAAAUGCAAAUCAUGAUCUACUGUUUUUCUAUUUGUGAUUUCUAUAAUUAUUGUAUUUACAGGAGUUUAUUUUGUUUGGCUUUUAUAAAAGUUACCAAAUGUACCCCAAAGAAUUUUGUUGCCUAUGGGAUGACCACAGCUUAUGUAAGAAAAGUACCUUAUUCAGUAUGUAUGUUUUUAGGAUCACAAUAUGCUACUAGACUGUAUUGCUUUAUAACAAUUUGAUAUUUGCCAUGCAUAAAACUUUUUAUUUCUGUUACUGUUUA